AGUUUGGGACAAAUCAUGGCCAGUCGUGAGCCACGUUCCCAGUCUGAGAAGCAGAGCGCCCAGCCUAACUGCUCAGGGGGCCCCCCGGAGGUGACAGAGGUGGACGUCAUCCCAGGGCCGUCAGCACCCUGUGUGGACUCCAGCCCCCCGCCUCGAUCCACUGGCCAGAAGAGGAAGAGGCGCAGGUCAGCGGAGGAGGCGGCGGAGGAGGAGACGCAGGAGGAGACGGCCCCUGGGGCUCGGGACACCUGGGUUGUGGAGACCCUGUGUGGGCUCAAGAUGAAGCUGAAGAGGCAGCGGGUGUCUUCAGUGCUGCCCGAACACCACGAGGCCUUCACCAGGCUGCUCGAGGAUCCUGUCAUUAAGAGAUUCCUGGCCUGGGACACCAAUCUGAGGGUGUCUGACAAGUACCUGCUGUCCAUGGUGAUCGCGUACUUCAGCCGCGCGGGCCUCUUCGCCUGGCAGUACCAGCGCAUUCACUUCUUCCUGGCCCUCUACCUGGCCCUCGACAUGGAAGAGAACUACCAUGCCCCUAAACAGGCCAUCUUCUCCUUCCUCUACGGGGAGAACAACUGCUCCCAGCGCCCCUUGUUCCACAAACUGCGCUUCCAGUUCUUCUGCUCCAUGGGCUGGAGGGCAAGGGUCUCCCCAGAGGAGUGCGAACAGAUCCAAGCUUAUGAUCCAGACCUCUGGGUGUGGGGGCGAGAUCGUGCCCUCAUUUCCGAGACCACCGUGCCUAAGCUGUGGCAGCGGAGACGCAAGCGGAAGAAGUGCGGAGAGAAAGAACGGGGUGCUCACGGGCCACUGGACAGCUCCAGAGAUGUGGGGGCAGCUGAUGACCUGUGA